UGAAAGAAUAUUGUGAAAUUCCUGGCCCGUCACCACUUCCCCUCAUAGGGAACACUCUCUCAUUUCUCACUCAUAAGGGGCUUAGGAUGGCUCUCGUGCAAAAAUAUGGCAUUGUGAAGCUACAGAUCAUUGGCAUGCCCCCCAUGGUGUGCACCACGAACCCUGAUGACAUUGAGGUCUUCCUUAAGAGUACUUUGGAGAACCCGAUCCGCAUAGGCUUUGCCUGCCUCAAGAGCGUCCGCCUCCGUGCCAAAGACAACUACUUCAACAAAAAUACCGGCCUCCUAUCUGAGAACGGCGACGAGUGGUGGCGGCUCCGUAGCCGCGUGCAGGUGCCGCUGCUGCGCCCCAAAAACGUCGCCAUGUACCUGCCUGCUGUGGACGGCGCCACCAACAAGUUCUUGGACAGGAUUGACCUGCUGCAGGCCGAGACUGGCCAAGUGCCUUCAGACUUCAUGCAGGAGAUUUACAAGUGGGCCCUGGAAUGCAUCGGGCUGGUGGCGCUGAACCGCGAACUGGGCUGCCUGGAGCCGAACAUCAGCCCAGACGCGCUGCCCGCGCAGCUCAUCCGCCACAUCAACGGCAUCUUCUCCGGUUUCAAUGGAACUGAAAUGAACUUCCCUUUCUGGAAGUAUUUCCGCACACCAUCGUACACAAAACUCGAGACGUCGCACGCCGCCGCCCUCGAACUCACAGCUGGGGCGAUACGGGAGGCGCAGGCCCGCCUGGAGGAGGCCAAGGCCCUGGGGGAUCCCAACCGCCAGCUCACUGUCGUGCGUAUAGUGGCAGACCUCUACAUAUCCAUCAUGGAAACCUUACUAAACACGGAGGGUCUCAGCCGCAGCGACGUCGCCACCAUGAUCAUCGACAUGCUCUUCGCCGGCGUAGACACGACGCUGGCCAUGAGUUUCAACGGCGUGACAUCCCGCAUGGAGGAAUACUUUCCGCAGCCCUUGGAAUUCCUGCCGCAGCGGUGGCAGCGCGACCGCCCCUACGGCGCCAUCCAUCCCUUCGCGUCGCUGCCCUUCUCCCACGGCACCAGGAUAUGCAUCGGCAAGCGUCUGGCCGAGCAGGAGAUGUACACCAUCAUCAUCAGGAUGCUGCAGAAAUACACGGUGACGUUCGAGUCUGAUGAGGAGAUGAAGGUGAAGACGCAGCUUGUCCUCAAGCCCGCCACGCAGCUCGCCUUCAAGUUCCACCCGAGGAACUGA